AUAUCCUUUUCGUAAAAGGAUAAUAAUUUUUUUUUAUAUAUAUCAUCAAAUACCAAGCGUUCGCUAGCUCUUGCUUGUAUUGCAAGUCCUAUUCAAUAUUUUUCCCUUAUCCUCUUCUUUUGUUUCUUGCGUCGUCUCUAGGUUUUUUUUUGGGUUCGAUAAGAUUCUUAUCAUAAGAAGUUUCUGCUUUGGCAUUAGAUUUUGCAAAGUGUCUUCUUUCAUGAAUUUUGUUAUAUCCACCGAAUUGCUUCAAUAAUUCUGUCUCUGAUUUGUUUUUUCCGAUUUGUUUUUUGACUUUUGUAGAGAAGAAAGUAAACGACAUGAAAUCUAACGAGGAAGAAGCCAAGAUAGCAAUGGAUAUUGCCGAGAAGAAACUUUGGGAGAAUGAUUACGAUGGAGCUAAAACAUUCAUUAGCAAGGCUCAGGAUUUGUAUCCAAAGCUCGACGGUUUGGAACAAGUGUUGAUGAUGAUUGAUGUUUAUAUCUCUUCAUCAAACAAAAUCAACAGAGAAUCUGAUUGGUACGGGAUUCUCGGUGUAGAUCCUUUAGCUGAUGAUGAAGCUGUGAAGAAACAAUACAAGAAGUUAGCUUUUUUGCUUCAUCCGGACAAGAACAAGUUUAAUGGCGCGGAAGGAGCAUUUAAGCUUGUUUUAGAAGCUUGGUGUCUAUUAUCUGAUCAAACUAAGAGAAUUUUGUAUGAUCAUAGAAGGAAAGCGAAACAUCCUAAACGGAAAAGGAGCAGAGAUCCACCAAAGCAACACAAAUACAAGUACUGGUGUGAAUCUGAGUCUGAGUCCGAGCCUGAGCCUGAUCCUGAUCCUGAUUCUUCAUGGAAAGAGGAGAAUCUAUGGAAUCCGGAGGAACUCAUUACCUUUUGGACAAGGUGCAAAAACAAUAGGUGCAAUACACAUUGUGAAUUUGUGAAGUCUAUUUAUCUUAACAAGAUCUUGCGUUGUCCAAACUGUCGUCAGGAAUUCGUUGCGACCGAGAUUAUUCCAGAGAUGGUAGAUGGGAGGCCAGUCUAUAGCUUUAGUGCCUAUUUUCAAUCAACAAGAGAAAGCUCAAGUGAUGCUUAUUCUUCUUCUUCGAAAACUUCAGCAUCUGAUAGUGAAAAUCAAGCACAAGAUAGAGAGUCGCGAGAAGAAAUUGUUCAUAUUAUUGCUGCUAGAGGAAAUGCAAACGAAGCAUAGAGGCUUUUUAACAAUACUACAAAUCAAAGAACAGAAAUGGAGACACUUCUCUUUACUAUGAAGGUACGUAAGAGAUUAAUACAUCUUUCUUCUUUCAUUUCUUGACCUAUAAGUAACACUGACGAAUUAUUUUAUCUCCACGGCAUUGUUACCUGCUUUGCUGUCUAAUUUUUCUUUUGCGUGAGUUUCUUUGUUCCAAAGGUUGAUGAAAGAAUGGGGUAUCAAAAUGUAAAACGUUCUACAUAAGAUCGGAAAAUCGGAUUCUCCUGUUCUAAGAUUGAGUUGGAUAAGAGUAAGUAUUAAAACUACGUAAUGGUAAAUAUUGCAGGCCUGUAUAGUUUAGUAAGAAUCACAUAGUGCAGUCUCUACUAUUAUAAGCCUCUAUCAACUCAAGCCUGAUAUGUCUCUCUUAUUACUCUGUUUCAUCUUCUACUCAUUUAAAAAAAAAUAAGUUUUGCAGUGGUGACUUUAUCAUCUAUAUCCUUGUACACUAGGGUAAGUAAAAAGAAGAGACAAUUAGGCCUUGAAUAGUUAGUAGGUAUGUUGCAGACCGGACAAUGCAUACCAAUA